UUGAACAAACAAUAGAAACGAUAAAUAAUACCUCUAUUGCAUAAGGAAGAUAAGCUGUAUGUCAAUCUGUAUUAUCAUUGUUAUCACCGGUGCGGUUAUUAACAUAUUCGCGGAUGACAUCUCGUUUUUCUCGCGAUGCGCGCAAAAAUGAUUCGUCAUUUUUUAUCUAUCGACACUUAUAACCGUGCGUGCGGCUACGUGUUAACGCAUUAUUCGGCGAGAUGAAGCGAGUCGUGAUAUUCGGUGCUACCGGAAACACCGGCCUUUGCUCUCUGACAUCGGCCGUGGAAAAUGGCCUGGAUGUAAGAGCCUUUGUAAGGGAUGAAGCCAAAAUUCCUGAGAAUCUUAAAAGUAAAAUUGAAUCGGUCGUCGGAGAUGUCACUAAUGCAAAACAAGUUGCAAAAGCGGUAGCUGAUCGAGAUGCUGUUGUUGUAGUCCUUGGAACUAGAGCAGACUUGAGUCCUACUACUGUGUUAUCUGAAGGCUUAAAGAAUAUAAUAGAUGCCAUGAAAGAGCACAAUGUUGAACUAAUCUCCGUAUGUCUAUCUGCAUUUUUAUUUUUUAAACCUGAAGCAGUGCCUGCUAUAUUUAGGGAUGUGACUGAAGAUCAUCAACGCAUGUUUGAUAUGAUCAAGACAAGUGAGCUAAAAUGGGUGGCAAUAUUACCACCGCACAUAACAGAAGCACCAAAAUCAAAAUAUAUUGUUACAUUUGACUCUUCGCCUGGACGCUUAAUUUCCAAACAUGAUUUGGGCGCGUUUCUCGUAGAGUGUCUUACAAAACCUGAGUAUUACCAAAAAAUCUGUGGUAUUGCCACCACUUCAUGAUGUAAGAAGAAAUGGAAGGAUACGUAAAUAAUGAAAUGCAUGCAUUUUUCUAGUGAAAAAAUAUAUUAAAUAUAUA